ACAUAUCGCCUAAUUGGGUAAUGCUGGAUACAUGCUGGGCGUGGAGAGGGCGUGCAGAAGAGCCAUUGGCUGGAGCAGGCUGGCAUAUAAGACUUCUCCAGGCACCGACCAGCAACAGCAUCAAUCCUUAGGAACUUUACCCCACUUCAGAUCUACAGUAAAUUCUCGUCAUCUGUUUCUAGGCCCAGCCAACCAACCGCCAUCUACAAUCAGCAGAAAGUCUUCAUUCCGCCCUCGAGAACACCAUUAUCAACAUGACACAGCCAACGUCCAUCGACAUGACCUUCGACACGUCCCUCGUCGACGUCAACGCACCUACCAAUGCUAACGCCUCUUUUUCGACCACCGAAUCGGAUUCUACUGUAGACGGCCAACAAACGUCAACGCAUACACAAACUCUACAACCGACUACGACUCCACAAAAGCCUUCAAUCCCAGUUCAGCACAUCCCAACUCAGGCCGCCUACGACCAAUGGGCCGCCAUCUACGACACCGAUGGCAACAUGCUGCAAGCGAUUGAUGACCUAGAGCUUCAGAACCUCCUCCCAGACUUCUUGUCCCAAGUCGAGAGCAGUACUACGACAGAACAGGAGCUCCGUGUGCUGGAUCUAGGGUGUGGCACUGGACGCAACACCGAGAAGCUCGUACGGUACGAUUGGAAUGGAAAGAGCGUGGAAGUCACUGGUCUCGAUUUCUCACAAGGCAUGUUGGACGUCGCUGCGAAGAAGCUAUCGCCCUUACUUCAGGAGAAGGACCAACAGGGGCUGCGGUCAAGACUAGAGUGCUGCGACUGUUUUCCUACUGUCGAUAGCCCAUCAGGUCCUCCACUACCCGCAGUUUCAGAUCUGCGACCCGUCCAUGCCAUCACAUCCACUCUAGUCCUGGAGCAUAUCCCACUGAAGGACUACUUCGCCACGCUAGCCGCAUUGCUCUUACCUGGUGGCACGGCCUUAGUCACAAACAUGCACGCGGACAUGGGACGCGUCAGUCAAGCUGGUUUCGUCAAUGCAGACGGUGUCAAGGUUAGAGGGAGUAGUUACGUUUACACAGUGGAGGAGACUGCUGCGGCAGCCAGGACUGCAGGUCUUGAAGUAGUGAGUGUGAACGAGCGAGAGAUGAGAAAGGAGGAUGUUGAGGGUGGUGCUGUGGGAGAGAGGGGUUGGAAGUGGGUCGGCACAAAGGUUUGGUUCGGCAUGGUUUUCACAAAGGCUUCGUGAACCAGGUGCAGAGGAGUCGUGACUACCAACAUUACACCUGCCGGUAUGAAUGAAGCAGGAUCAUUCAGUUGCGUAUGAUGGUCUCUGUAGACUAUUAAUACAGAAGAGCUUUGCUCCACCGUUUGUUGCGUCUAGCGUACACAAGCGUUACAAGCCAUUGCAUCAUAUCACUUUCACCGGCCGACAAUCUCAACAUACGACCAAAGGUAAAGGAAUAUACUGGAUCCCGUUUGCUCUCCACACGUCAAG